AUGAAGAGUGGUUGAAGAAGAAAGAAAAAGAACCAGUUGAUCAAAGGUGGUAUUGGGGUAUUCACUUGAAGAAGCAAAUUACGAAAUUGAAGAAAGAAAAGAAGGUUUUAGGAGAAGAGUUGAAAAAGGAAAUGGAAGAAGAUAAUUU